CGUCUGCUCCUCGGCGGCAGAGACGGCGACCGCGCCCUCCUACUUGUCCGAGAUCCUCUGACCGGGGAGGAGCACUCCAUCCCGCCGGCGCCUGGCCUUCUCCCCGGGCAGAGCUGCGGCGCAGCGCUGAUCUGCGACGCCAACCAUGCUAAGGGCGAGGACUGCCACUCAUCGCCGUUCCGCGUCGUCUUUGCAUAUAGCGAGGACUAUCCACCCGGCGGCUGGCACCCGCCCAUGGCUCUCAUCAGCACCUUCGCCUGGGUGUACAGCUCAAAGAAAAGAAGCUGGGGUGGCCGCCCGGCGGCGGCCAUGGGCGUCAAAUGCUACUUCGAUCCGAAGCCGAGCGCCGUGGUUGACAAAGGUGCCUCCGUGGCCGUGAGAUGGAUGACGAUGACGGCUGGGGAGGGCAAUGCAGUGCAAGACCUACUCCUAGAAUUCCACCUCGACACACAAACUCUACAACUCAACAGAUACCAGAUGAAUUACGCGGCGACCACUUUGUUCUCGCGCCGACCGUGGUGGACGCGCCCGUCGGCAUCGCCGGCGUGAUUGAGAACUGUGUGGUGUUACUUUCCAGGGUGAAUGGCGUUGAAGGCUGGAUUCCACGUAUCGUAGCUAGACUGGACAAUCUACUGCCCGCUGGUCCUGCUGAGAAUGGUGGCAUUGGGCUUCUGCCUUUUGAGAUGGGGUACGCUGAUGAGGAGGAAGAUGAACUGGCAGAUGACUGGACUGAGCCGCGGGUGAUCGGGGUCUCGGAGGAAGGGGACACCAUUUUCUUGCAGACGGAGAUGGGUAUUUUCAUGGUCAACUCAGAGUCUGGGCAGCAUAAGCGAGUUCUUCAAGCGGAUCAGUCUUUCUCGGGUGUUUAUCCCUACUCCACCUUCUAUACAGCAGCUGGUAAAGCAGUUUUUGAUGAUGUACAACAGGACCAACAGAACAACAAUAUACAAUCAGGUGGACAAAUCAGUACUUUAGGUGAAAGUAGCGAUGGCGGUGCUGACUAGUUUUUGUUCAAUAAAGAGGUACCAAACCGCUUCUAAGGUGAUUUGAUAUAAUGGACAUAUGAUUGCUUGAGCAUCAAAAUUGAACUUGUCCUACAAAAUAUAGUUGUUCUAUGCCCAUAAUAGUUUCUCCUAUUUACUGAAUUGGAUCUGUGUUAUCCUUGACGAUUUUCCUUACCUAUGGUUCCUAAUAUUCCUAGGACAUUAUACAUGCAAGAAGUGAACAUUAAACAUUUUGGAUUGAGAUAUUUAUUUGCAA